UUCGCCAAUUAUGUCAUUACCUUAAUUAAAUUGAAAAUAAUUAAGCGACAAAUAAUUUCACCAAAAUGAUUAAAUUUCGUUAUAAGCGUAAAGAUCCCACAAAUGUGGUUCCUGCCACAACUACAGAAACAACAAAUACAACAGCUAAUACCGCUGCAGCCACAACGAAACUAAAAACCAAAUCAAAUACCUUGCCGACAACGACGAUAGCAACAACAACAACAUCUCCGAGUAACAACAGGGAUUUCAGUAGUGCAACCAAAGAAAACUUUAAACCCCUAAACGCAAACAUCAAUGGUGUUAGCAAUUUCUAUGCAACAUCACCGCCACGUUCUCAAACCUCCACACCCAUAAAUAUUAUUAGCUCGGCGCCACAGAAACUCCAACAUCCGCAACUUUGUCAAUUGAUAAGCAAUAAUGGCACUUUGCCACGCAGCAGCCCAAAGAAAACCAUUGAAGCAUACGAUGGUCACAACAAAUCGGCCACAUUGACACGCCAAUCAAACAGUAGCCGCAAAGUGAGUGCACUGGCCAAAGUAGCCUCCACGGCUGAGUUGGUUGGCAUAGGCUAUACCAAUAUCAACACAUCGGCAGUUGGUAAUGGUUUGCCUGCGGAAGUGUUAGCGGAACGUGAUAGAUGUAUCAGUGCUGUGAUUGAACUUUUUCAACAAUUGCAAACUAGUUCAGAGCCUGCGUUGUGCCCUGAACCUUUGCGACGCGCCUUGGCAAGUGGUCCAUUAGCUGGUCGACGUUUUCCCUUAGGAUGCUUGGGUGAUGCAGCUGAAUGCUUUGAGCUAUUACUACAUCGCGUCCAUUCACACAUUUCCGAUAGCGAUGGCGAUGCUUGUGAGUCCCAAGCCUGCAUUGCUCACAGACGCUUUGCUAUGCGCGUUAUUGAGCAAAGCGUUUGCAAAUGUGGUGCCAAUUCUGAGCAACUGCCAUUUACACAGAUGGUGCAUUAUGUCUCCGCAUCGGCACUGACCUCACAAAAUAGUUUAGCUAUGCAAAAUCAUCAGCAAUUAACUUUUGGUCAAUUAUUACGCGCGGCAGGCAAUAUGGGUGACAUCAGAGAUUGUCCGAGUGCUUGUGGCGCUAAAAUUGGUAUAUGUCGCGCCUUACUUAAUCGGCCAGACGUUGUUUCCAUUGGCAUCGUUUGGGACUCAGAAAGACCAGCAGCAGAGCAAGUACAUGCCGUACUUAAAGCAAUAGGCACAAAUUUACGCCUUUCUGACGUUUUUCAUCAAGUGUCAGAACAGCGCUGGGCUCAUGGAGUGCAACAUGAGCUCGUUGGUAUUGUUUCCUACUAUGGGAAACAUUACACGACUUUCUUCUUUCAUACUAAGCUCAAAGUUUGGGUUUAUUUCGAUGAUGCCAACGUAAAAGAGGUUGGUCCAAACUGGGAAGGAGUAGUUGACAAAUGCAGUCGUGGUCGUUAUCAACCGUUGUUGCUUUUGUAUGCUGUUCCUCAACCAGCAACGGCGCCACAAAUAGCUCAACAAUACUUACAGGAGUUGAGUGCACAAUCCACAGUUGUACGUCGUGCAAUUACACCAAGUCCGGAAAAGCCCAAUAUGGGUAACACACGUCGUGCUAUUACGCCUACACCAUUACGUUCGCCCAAUGACUAUCAGAACCUAAGUGUUAUACAAAAGAAUAUAUUUUCUACCGCACAGAAUAAAGGCAAUGAUGAGACUGACGCUUACAUAAGUCGUAAAACUGUUGAACAUGUAUUGCAUGCACAAUACCAGAAUCUCAACGUCAUACAGGACAAAAUUUUUGCUAAUGGUACAGCCAUUGAUGAGAAAGAUGGCGCUUAUCUUAAUCGCAAGCCCAUUGAAAAUGUACUUAACGCACAGCUCGCACGUAAGCAGCAUUUGCAAUUACAGCGCAGCCACAGUGCUGAAUCGGGACAUAUAAGCGGUUCCUCAAAUGGUUCAUCACCACCAAGUGAUGGUCUUACCAUGCCAGAUCAUCUUAAUCAGCCACGUCGUCGUGAUUCUGGUAAUUGGUCCGGUGAUCGCAACAGUGCCAGCUCUGCUUCAUCGACUACUUUGGAUAAUCCCUAUUUAUAUAUGGUAGGCAAACGUGGUCCACCUGCUGUACCACCAAGUCCAACACGUAAUGGUCUACCAUAUGAUCCGGGUUAUGAUUCAUUUUCAUUGAGCUCCACUGAUUCAUAUCCACCUAAACAUCCACUCAAUCCACAAUUGGCAAAAAUACCAGAAACCACCUCAGUUGUGCUUUCCGGCGAUUGUGAAAAGUUGUGUCAUGAAGCCGAUCAACUGCUCGAGAAAUCACGUAUAGUUGAAGAAUCACAUGAUCUUGAAACUGCUUUAGUUCUCUGCAAUGCCGCAGCUGGACGUGCACGUGCAGCAAUGGAUGCACCAUAUAGCAAUCCCCACACUAUGACUUUUGCGCGCAUGAAACACAACACUUGCGUUAUGCGAGCACGUAGUUUGCACCGUCGCAUUUUGGUCGAAAAAGGCGCUGAUAUGGAUGUGAUGUUGCCUGAAACGAAGCACACACGCGAAGGUAGCAACAGCAGCGUUAAACACGUUCGUCAAAAUAGUAAAGAUAAAACUUUGGAUAAACCUACUCCAAUGGCGGUACCAGUCACAAAUAACAAUAAAAGCAUUGAGAUCUAUGCCACAUUGCCGAAGAAGAAAAGUCCUCUUAAAACGCUAGCUACAUCAAUUGGAAAUGAUGAGAACGCCAUUGAGUACGAAAGUUCGCAGCCUAUCAAACAAGAACGUGAAGGACGAUCUCUAUUUGGACGCAGUAAUAAGCAAGAAAAGGAUAAGCGCAGUCGCAGCGAGGACCGUAAUAAACUGACGCGUGAGUUCUCAUUAACUGAAACAUUGUUGGUCAAUGCAAAAGAUACACUCAAAAAGCACAAAGAAGAUAAAGAUGAAAAGAAAGAGAAAGAUAAAAAUGGCAAGAAACAACAUAAAAUCAGACGUAAGUUAUUAAUGGGUGGUCUUAUACGACGCAAGAAUCGUUCCAUGCCAGAUUUGACAGAAGCUGGUGAUGAACCCGCAACCCAACCCGCUGUAAAUGUGCCAAUUAACACAUCUGUAGAUGACAGCACCGUUGGUUUGAAUGGCAAGAAUGCUAUGAGUGGUUAUAUAUCCGAAGGCCAUUUUGACUAUCGCGAAGCAAAUAAUGCAAAUCCGAAUUUAGAACGCAGUAAACUUAUGCGUAAAAGUUUCCAUGGCAGUGGAAGACAAUUAACAGUUGUUGCUAAAGUAGCUCCACCACCACCAAUGCGUGUAGGCUCCACCUUAACUCAACAACAACUGCAGCAACAAAUGUUACAAGAAGCUGCUAUGAUACAAUAUCAUCAUGAAGCCAAUCUCUCAAAUAUAUCAACAAUGAGUUCAAAUACAUCCAUCAGCGAUGAUUCUUGUCAAACUAUUAUCACUACAUGCGCACAAGUACACUCUGAACAGAGUCCUCUUAAGGAUAGUUCAUAUAAUAGCACACAAUAUCAGCAACGAAAUGGUUAUGUUGAUCGUGGUGUAGAUGAAGUUGAUGGUGGACGCAUUAACAUAAGCGCUGGUCAUCCUGUAACCCAAGAUGUACCAUUAGAAUUGCCUCCUUAUCCGAGUCCACCACAAUCCACUUGCCAUUCACGUCAAGCUAGUGAAGACUUCCCGCCUCCACCACCUGAAAUUGAUCUUGAACCGCUCAAUCAGCAAAUCAAUCAAAUACAUGCACUUGAAGCCAACAAGCAGCAACGCCAUUUCGAAGCAAUGGAGGGCACAACAAGUAUUCUGGCUCAACUGCAACAACGCCAGCACUUGCUGAAGAUGCGUAAGGAACAAGCCACACCUACACAUGAGAGUGCUUGGCUGAAAGAAUUACAAACAAAGCAAACUGAUCUCAGAAAUAUGUCACAACGCAAGCCAGAAUCGCCUGUCCCAGCUACUCAAACAUCUAACAGUGUACGCGAUUUGGCUCAUCGUUUUGAGCAGACUAAACUAAUAACGGAGCCACAAGCAAUGCGUUCUUAUGCCUCACAGGAAUUGCUUAACAGCAAACUACCACAAAUACGCACUCAAAUGAAUGGUUUGCCCAGUGCUAAUGGUAUAAUAGCAGCACAACCGAAAAUAGAAGUUGAUGAAGUGGAUUGUGCACCACAACGUAUCCAACGCCUGCCACCUCAUCAAGUGUUACCAAAACCUAAAUACGAUGUGACGCAAACACAAAUAGCUGAGGAAAUACGAGAAGUGGAAAUGCUGAAUACAAUGGUUCAGCAAACUCUAAACAACUCCGCAUCACAAAAUAAUGGCCCUGCGCCAAAUCCAACUCAACCGAAGCGUGUCAAAAAGAAAAGCGUUUCAUUCUGCGAUCAAGUAAUUUUGGUGGCGACCGCAGAUAAUGAAGAAGAUGAUGACUUCAUACCAAAUCCAAUUUUGGAGCGCGUUCUGCGCACAGCACAAAAUCCAAACGAUAAAAUAACAGCGCAGCUCAUACAACAACAACAACAAAGUAUGCUGCGUUUACAAAGUGAAGCACAGCCACGAGUAGUACAGCAACAGCAACAGCAAUCGCAACAACAAAGUCAACAGCAACAAAUACAGCUGGCCCAGCAAUCACCAAUGUUAGGCGGUGACAGAAGACCGAUUGUUAACUUGCAAGCACAAGACAUGCAGCGUUAUGUGCAACUCCAACGACCACAGAUGGAAGCAAUAAGACAACAACAGCUACAACAGCAACAGCAACAGCUACAACAGCAACAACAGCUACAACAGCAACAACAGCAACAACCACCAAGUGCUGUACAACACAUGCCAACUGGACAGGUUUACACUCCAAUGCAAGACAUUUACCGCAUGCAACAACAACAACAACAGCUUGUUGCAAGUGGCCAAAUGUCAAAUAAUUUAACACAUAUUGCACAUACUAACACAACAACAUCACCAGCAACUUUACAACAGCAGCAGCAGCAACAACAACAGCUAAUGCAGUUUGAACAACAUAACAUACCGCUGACGUCAACAGCACGUACAAGUAUGAGCGGCAUCGCUAAUGUUGCGCCUACGCAACAUCUGCAGAUGUUGGCAAAUCAAGUUGGUCAACAGCAGCAGCAGCAACAGCAACAACAACAACAACCGCAAGUACCACACUUAGAUGGACAGAACAGCUAUGUAAGCAUGGCUGCACAACGUGCACAACAACUUCAACAACAACAACAACAGCAAUUACCACAAAGCUAUUCUGUUCAGUUACAAAAGCAUCAACAACAAUUACAGCAACAACAGCAGCAACAACAACAACAAAAUAAUGUCGCACCAUUUUAUCAUAGCAUGGAUACAACACCACUUCCUUCACCUUAUCAGCGUGUGCCAUUACCUCAUGGUUAUCCAGUUAAUGAGCAAUUUAGUACUAAUUCCAAACCGCCUUUAGCCUAUCCACCUCCAAUCCAUCAAAAUCCUAAUCAACCUUCACCUUACUUCCCGCUACCACAGAACUCUGCUGCCGUACCACAUCCACUACCACAGCUUAACAAAGCUCCACAUCAGAAAAAAGUCAGCUUUGAGCCAGGAACCAAAGGAGAGACUGAUAUACCCAUCUCAGCAGCUACCUUGCCACCCAAACCUGCCAAUUUCACGGUAGCACAACAGAAUGGACUACCCGCUACGGACAGUAGUGUCAAUGUUACUGCCAUACCCACGCGUGUUUACAACAAUGCCAUCGUUAAGGCCUCCGCAAAAGCAGUGGAAUGCAAUCUAUGCCGAAAACGCCAUGUCAUCGCACCCGCCGUUUAUUGCACUAACUGUGAAUAUUAUUUACAGAUGUUAAGCAAUCGCAGAUAGAAGCAGUAGAGACGAAGGUCCUAGACAGACGGAAAACUACAUUGUGACAAUAAAUAUUGAUUUCAUUAGUGCUAAGAUUGUUUAUAAGUUUAAGUUUAUUUAAUUUUUAAAAUAAUUUUAGUACUUAAAUUCAUAUGAUGAUGCCCCACGACUAUGUACAUAAGACUUGUACAUAUGUAGGUACAUAUUUUAUAUACUUAUUUACGUUUCGAGCAGGUAAGUAUAUGCUUAUUUUUAACGAUAUAUUGUGAUAUUAUUUUACAAUAUGACAUGAGACUAAUUCUCCAACUAUACGAAUCUGAAACAUAUCAUUAAUAUUCACAUCAGAGCGAAAUAGUUGAUUUAUGGUUCUACAUAGAAUGCAACUAUUAACAUAGAGAGCAGUAAUGAUUAGAGUAGCUUGACGAUAUUGCUAUCCUUUUCAUAUAAGCACAUUUGCAUUAUUUUAUGCUUAAUAAUAAUAUUUACCAGCGCAUGUGAACUCUAAUAAAAGCUUCCAUUUGAAAACUUUAACUAAUUUUAAAUUCAUAUACUAAUUUUA